UUCUAUGUUUCCUAACCAAGGAGAAGUAAAACUGGAAGAUGUAAAUGCCCUGACAAACAUAAAGAGGUAUUUGGAAGGCACGAGGGAGGUGCUGCCACCAAAAAUCGAAUUUGUGAUUACACUCCAGAUUGAGGAGCCCAAGGUGGGUGCUUGAAUUUGUUUUAACAGUUGCUAGGUGCCCAGUUUAUAAGUGAAAUGCCCAGAACAUGAGCUUCCGGUCUAAGAAACAGACAUAGUCUAUGUGCGCAGAAUAUCUUUUUACUUGUUUAAAAGCAAAAUAUAUAGGUUACUCCAUGAGUUGUCCUCUGUAAAUAUCCUGAAAAUAUAAAUAUACAACCUUUUAAAACAAGAUGCCUAGCUUUUUUAAAGUGAAACUACCUUGUAAUCUUACACUACCCUGAGCAUUUUGUUCACCUGGUUUCUUACCAACCCUUCUGUGUUAGUAUAUACAACCUCUGACAUAUAUCAUGACUUUCACAUACCUAAAAAUAUCCCAUAACAAAACUGGCUUUUAAGAAGUGAGAGAAUCUCCUUUUGAUGGCACUAUAACACAGAAAGCAAAUAACAGAUACAAAAUCUGAAUACAAAAAAAUGAAUUCACCUUCAUCUUAUCUGUUUAUCCCCAGUGAUGUUAGUAUAGCUUAGAUAACAGGUGGACGGCUGGGAGGACCAUGUGGUAGCUCUUCGACUUACCCUUCAGUUUCAUUCAUUCCCUCAGAGGAGACUUCCUGGUUCCCCAGACUGGAUUCUGUCCCACUGGUUACACACUUCAAUGGAACCCUCAACUUUUCCAUGGUGAAAAUUGAUUUGCAAGUAACCAUGCCUCACAGCUACCCCUAUGUAGCAUUGCAGCUGUUUGGACGGUCGCCUGAGCUUGACAGACAUCAGCAGCUACUUCUCAACAAAGGUCUCACUUCUUACAUAGGGACUUUUGACCCGGGAGAACUCUGUGUGUGUGCAGCGAUCCAGUGGCUACAGGACAACUGCGGGUCCUACUUCCUGAGCAGGAAGCUGGCCUAUGAGCCCUCGGCGCAGGCCAAGCCGGUGAAGAGCACGUUCCUCCGGAUGUGGAUCUACAGCCACCACAUCUACCAGCAGGACCUGAGGAAGAAGAUCCUGGAAGUGGGCAAGCGGCUGGACGUGACUGGGUUCUGCAUGACGGGGAAGCCAGGUAUCAUCUGCGUGGAGGGGCUCAAGGGGCAGUGUGAGGAGUUCUGGCACACGAUCCGCUACCCCAACUGGAAGCACAUCUCCUGCAAACAUGCUGAGAGCGUGGACACGGAGGGCGACGGCCGCAACCUGCGCCUCUUCCAUGCCUUCGAGGAACUGCUCCUUGAGGCCCACGGGGACUAUGGGCUGAGGAAUGACUAUCACAUGAAUCUGGGCCAGUUCUUAGAAUUUCUCAAAAAGCACAAAAGUGAGCAUGUUUUUCAGAUAUUAUUUGGUAUUGAGAGCAAAAGUUCAGAGUCCUAGGAAGCUAUUAAGAAGCCCAAGGCUUAUAAUUUCACUAAAACAAGUAUUCCCUUUAAUAAGACCAAAACAAAAAGGCCCGUGGCUCUCUGGCUUCCUUGGUGACACCUGUAGCCCCUGACUGUCCACGUGGCCAUGAAUUUCAGCUGGUAAUGACACAAAUGGGCCUUUAUCUUCAUAACAGUGAAAUUGUGAUGCUGUCUCUAGGUCCUUGUGUUAAGUCUUUUAAGAAAUAUUUCAUUGUAUAUUAAUAAAAACUAUUUAAA